CUUUGCUUGAGCCGCCUUGAGCCCUUCUAUGUCUGACUGUUCCCUCGCAAUCAGACCGACAUCUUCGGGACAAGACCUAUCGCUCAUGAUUAUGCAGAAUAAGCCGAAACGGGCCGGGAAUGUGUCUCAUUUGUGGUCCCUGGUUACACACGGUGGAUGCGGUGUGCAGCUGCCGCGCUGCUGAUGAAAGCAUGUGUCAAUGGUUAAUCGGCGUGGGCCAGCAUCUGCUAGCAUCCGAUAAAUUGAAUUCACGCAUGAGUAACCGGUGAGUGACGCAAGUGGGUGCGCCGAUGACGUGUCCGUGCUGACACUUUCUGGCGCGGGUCAAGUGGCAGCCGCCGGCCCGCGGAUAAUGUCCGCUUUUCAAGACCCACUCUGGAAGCUGACUGGCCAAUAUCUCCAGUGAAGAGAGGCGGCUCGUUGAGACCUCAUUCAAGGGAGUGAGAGCUCGGGCACGAGAUCGUGGACACGAUAGAGACCGGGAAUGUGGAACAAUCGGAAAAUCAUAUGCAAUGAUGAGUGAUGGCGGAGCUGAUGCCGGGUUAGGUGGCUCGGUGAGUCAUCGGCUGAGCGAGUCAACGAUGCGCGCGGCAAAUCGGGUCUUCGGGGACUUCUGUCUUUGUUCGUCAGUCAGCAAUCGCGCGAUCGCAUAUAAUACACAGCGCUUUUUCUCAGAUGGACACACCGGUAACCACCACCCCCAUCCCCGCCUCUCGCAGUCCUCCUUCAAGAUAUCCAUCACCUGCAGCUCUUUGACAACGAAAUGUCUGACUACUCCUCCUGGUCGCCUGUCUCCUCCUCCUCCUCUGGCUCGAGCCGCAGCUCGCCAGUCCACUCGGCCUCCCUUGUGGACCCCAUCUCACACUCCCCUGCUAUGAUGCAGCUCAUCGAGACUGAGAUUUCGCAUUCUUUCAUCGAUUACAUCGUCGAAAGGGUGGCAGACACCGUAUACUACGCUCUGGGCCGCGAUAACGCAUCGUACCGCACAACCCCGGCCCGCCAGUCGAAAUACGCGGCUAAAUUCGCUAACUUUGUAUCUACCAUCGUCUCCCGUGCCGAAGUUACACCGUCGACGCUUCUUGUCGCACUUGUCUACAUUGCGCGGGCACGGCCCCAUCUCUCCAUCGCCCUCGAGGACUGGGCAUUCGAGCGUGUCUUCCUCGGCGCGCUCAUCGUCGCGAGCAAGUUCACGCAGGACAGCACGCUCAAGAACGUACACUGGGCACUCUGCACCGGCGUGUUCGGAAAGGGCGACAUCGGCCGGAUAGAGCGCGAGUUCCUCGAAGUUCUCGACUGGGAGCUUAACGUGCGGGAGGAUGAGAUCGUUGCGCACUGGGGUGGUAUCAUGGCUGCGCUCAACGUCGUCGACACGGACAUGGACAUUGAGCUGGUUCCGUCGCUCUCCAAGCGCGCUCACCACCGCCAUGAAUCGCCAACUCGCGUUGUGCCUGAGCUCGAGGCCUCCAGCCCGACCAGCACGUGUGUCAGCCUGUCUCCCCGCACGCCGUUUACGUCCCGGCCGUCGUCGCCUGUCUAUCACGAUGAAGCCGAGUCUUCGCAUAUGGAAGUUGACGCGGAUAAAUCGGAACUGGAAUCCCCUGCCGUCGCCGCGGGCAAGUCGCUGCCCGUUGCGUGCAAGCUCGCUACGAAGAUGCGGGACAUGUUCCACCCCGUGCGACAUUCGCGGCCGGUCAUGGUGGACUAGAGAGCCAACGGCUUCUCUGAGUGCAGACCACCGCGAACAAACCUUUCGAUCCGCGCCUUGACGACGCCUUUCGACAUCUAACCGACAAUACUGAUCUAGCUGGCCCGAGUGCCAUGCCUGAAAACGCAGCGCCACUGUGCUGCUGGAGAUCGAUGCGAUGCAAUCGUCUCCGAAUACAUUCCCACCCGAUAACUACAUACUUGCCCCCACUCAUUAACCUGCCACGAACGGUUGUAGAUACUUGCUUCGUUACACCCACAUGUAGAUAACUAACUGUGUUCGAACAUCUCACCCAAUGCUAUCCUUAUCCCAAUGAUCAAUGACGAUUCCUGUCCGAUUGCCCCGGUUUAUCAUCGAUGAAGCUUGUGAAAAUUAUAAAUACACCCAGCUGGUCGGAAAUAGAAGCACGUGGGAAUGUGCAGUCCCAACGUUGCUCCCCGGCUAUCCUCGGGCCAUUCGGGUCCACAGGUUCAAAAAUGGACAGGAAAGAAGGGACGGAUUAUCCGAGCUUCGAGUUCCGCAGCUUCAAAGCUUCAAAGCUUCAACGGCAUGAAAGCCGGCAGAAGCCGAUCAGACACUGCCACACAUUCAUCAUUUAGUCACUGACUCGGCUUUCCCGCUUGAUCAUGAACCUUGACUACUCAUGUUCAUCCGUUGCUGUAUCCCUUUCUGUUCUAAUACGCGGACAGCACCCUCGAGCACAUCAUUCGAUCUCAUCACUAGGCAUUAUGCAGUGACAUUAAAGCCCUUCAAACCACCCUCCGCCUGCCACUCCUCCAGGAUUUUGGUGUAGCUAACGAUCCCCUCUCCCCAUACCGCAGAUUGUGCGGCCUUGAGCUGAUCGGCCAUGCUCUGUGGCCGGCCGCCUCCGCCCUCGAGAUUGAAGUACCCCGGCGUGCAUCCCGGGACAGCCGCAAACCACGCCGCGCGUUUCACGACCUCCGCCGUCCACGCAUCUUCGGCGCUCUUCUCAACUUCAAUCACCGGCCUCUCGGUGCCACCGACGACGCGCUGCGCCUGGGCGAUGAUCGCGGCGAUAUGUUUCGACGUGGCAUUGAGUGGGAACGUGAAGUUUGCGGUGAAGCCGAGCUGCGAGAGGCCCGGGAGGAAGAACAUGUUGGGGAACCCGCUCGACGCGAUGCCGUGCAGCGUGCCGCAGCCCUCCUCGAUCCACUUGUCGUCCAUGUCCCUCCCGUUUGCGCCUGUGAUACGGCAAGUGCCCCGGGAGGCGGGGCUGCCCGUACCCGCUGCGAAGGUCACCACGUAUCCGGUGCUGAGGACGAGCACGUCGACUGGGUACUGGAUCCCAUUGGCGACCACGCCAUCCGCAGACAGUGCAUCCACGCCUUUUCCGUCCGUGUCGACGAGGGUAACGUUCGGGCGGUUGAACGCGGGCAGGUAUUCAUCGUGGAAUGUCGGCCGCUUGCACCAGACGGGGUACCACGCCUUGAGCUUUGCGGCGGUUUCCGGGUCCUUCACGAUCUCGUCGACACGCGCUCGGACCCGUUCAGCGCGGGGCAAAUCCAAACUGUGCAGCUUCGCGAUAUGCUCCGGAAUUUUCUCAGGCGUCACUAUCCCUGGCGCACCGAUGAUCCCACAGUACGCGGGCAUCUGGCACCACGCGUCGGAUACGAGAUCCGGCCCGUCUUCUGGCUCGUUGAUCAAGAUCGCGUUGUAGUUGACCGACCGGGCGUGCUGCCAUCCCUGUCCAGUCGCGAUCUUGUUCCUCCAUUCGUCCGGAUCGGUGGGGUGCUGGUUUCGCACGUCGACGCUGGAGGGUGUGCGCUGGAAGACGAAGAGUUCUUUGGCCCACUUGGCAAGCUCUGGAACUACCUGAAUAGCAGUGGCGCCGGUGCCAAUGAUUCCCACGCGCUUGUCCUUGAGCUUGUCCAUAGUCGGAGAUCCGGGAGAUCCGCCUGUGAUCGAGUAGUUCCAGCGAGCAGUAUGGAAUGUUGCGCCUUUGAAGUCAUCGAAACCAGGCAAGGAUGGGAUUUGCGGCGCGAUGAUGGCCCCUGCACCAAGGAACACGAACUGCGCAGACACUGAAAACGAGCGCUCCGGUUCCCCUGGUCCCCGAUCCUCGCGCAUUUUCACGGUCCAGUGCUUCUCCUCUUCGCGCCAUUCUGCGCUGUGGUAAACCGUCCUCAACGAGGCUUGCAGCCGAUAGUGCGCUGCGAUGCGUUCCGCAUGCUCCCUCAGCUCGUCCCCAUGUAGCUCUCGACGUCGCACAUCAAACCGGGAUAGCGAUUCCAGUACCAAGUCCCCCCGAAUCCACCUGCCGCAUCGACCAGGCGGAUGUCCGAUGCGGCGAAUCCGGCCUCGAUCAGUCGCGCUGCCAGGAUCAACCCUCCGAACCCCGCACCAAGGAUGAGGAAUUUGACGUCGUCCCCAUCGCUGAGCACGUGCGUUGCAGCGUUGAGCGCUGCGUGGUCGACCCAUGGAUCGGUCUCGAGGUGUUUGUAUUUGCUUGACUUCGAGAGCUCAAUGAAUUGUGAUGUGCCAUCGGGACGCAGGCGUUUGUCGCGCUCCUGAGCGUAUCGCUCCGAAAUGUCAGUACUAGGAAGAGUGGCCAUGUGUCAAUAUGUACUGCAAGAAGAUUUAGGGCCAUCUUUAUAUACUUGUACAAUCAUCUCGUAGAUGGUCAGACGAUAGCAGAGAAGGGCCACAUUCUUUCUGUCAUAUUUGGAUACCAAACUGGACCGGUAAACACAGUCCGAAGCCGAAGUGCAGACCCAAACCCUCGCACGUAAUCGUAUAAGCGCCUUUGUCACUGUCAGGUCCACACACUGAAAUAGGGCAGCUUCUCCUCUCUUGGCCCAAACUGGAGAGCACCGAGAUCAGUCAGCUGAGGCAUACACGCUUUCAGGGCAUCCUCUAACGCGAGCUGCCCCGGAUCUUCUGC